AUGGCGCCCCCGAGCGGCGCCGGCAAGCGCGUCAAGGGCGUCCAGAUAUUCCGACCCUUCAUCUACGGAACCACUGCGGUACCUUUCGAUGAGAAGACUAACCCGAAGCCCGCGGGCGUACCAGACGACCACACCCACUCGUGGACUGUCUUUGUGAAGGGCAUCGAUGAUACGGAUAUCACCUAUUGGUUGCGUAGAGUGCAGUUUAAACUCCACGAGUCCAUACCCAAUCAUGUCCGAAUGAUCGAAGGCGAGCCCGGCAAACCCUUUUCCGUCCAAGAGACCGGCUGGGGCGAGUUCGAGAUAACCCUCAAGCUGUACUAUGUCUCCGAGUCCGGCGAGAAGCCCCAGACCCUGUACCACCACCUACGCCUACACCCGUACGGCCGCACCGAGGAGGAGAAGGAGACCAUGCGCCUCAACAGCAGCGAGGUGAUCAGCUGGACCUACGAGGAGCAGCUCUUCAACGAGCCCUUCGAAGCCUUCUACGAGAUCCUCACCUCGGGCGCCAUGCCCCCGCACUCCUCCACCACCUCCACCUCCGGCCGCGGCGGCAAGGGCAAGGGCAAGGACAAGGACAAGGACAAGGCCGCCCAGCCGCGGCGGACCGAGGGCGGCGUCCUCGAGCGCAGCGCCAUGAUCCCCCUGACCAACCGGCCCGGGCAGCCCUUCAGCCGCGAGACGGAGCAGGUCGAGAUCAAGAAGCUGCGCGACGCCCAGGCCAGGGUCGAGAACAUGACCCGCGAGCUGGCCGAGGAGGUGAGCCGGAAGGAGGAGAGGCUCCGCGCGCUCAAGAACGAGGCCGCUGCGGCUUAG